AUGCGCGGCAUUGGCUGGCAGACGCUGUCCCUAUCGCUGGGGUUAGUGUUGGCGGUCCUGAACGAGGUGGCGCCGCAGGCGUGCCCGGCGCAGUGCUCCUGCUCCGGCAGCACUGUGGACUGUCACGGGCUGGCACUGCGCAGCGUGCCCAGGAAUAUACCCCGCAACACUGAGAGACUGGAUUUGAAUGGAAAUAACAUCACACGGAUUACGAAGACAGAUUUUGCUGGCCUUAGACACCUAAGAGUUCUUCAGCUUAUGGAGAACAAGAUUACCACCAUUGAAAGGGGAGCAUUCCAGGAUCUUAAAGAACUAGAGAGACUGCGUUUAAACAGAAAUCACCUUCAGCUGUUUCCUGAGUUGCUGUUUCUUGGGACUUCGAAGCUAUACAGGCUUGAUCUGAGUGAAAACCAAAUCCAGGCAAUUCCAAGGAAGGCCUUCCGUGGGGCAGUUGAUAUUAAAAAUUUGCAACUGGAUUACAACCAAAUCAGCUGUAUUGAGGAUGGGGCAUUCAGGGCUCUCCGGGACCUGGAAGUGCUCACUCUCAACAAUAACAACAUUACUAGACUUUCUGUGGCAAGUUUCAACCAUAUGCCUAAACUUAGGACUUUUCGACUCCAUUCAAACAACCUGUACUGUGACUGCCACCUGGCCUGGCUCUCCGACUGGCUUCGACAAAGGCCUCGGGUGGGCCUGUACACUCAGUGCAUGGGCCCUUCUCACCUGAGGGGCCAUAAUGUUGCAGAGGUUCAAAAACGAGAAUUUGUCUGCAGCGGUCACCAGUCAUUUAUGGCUCCCUCCUGUAGCGUGUUGCACUGCCCUGCGGCUUGCACCUGUAGCAACAACAUCGUAGACUGUCGCGGUAAAGGUCUCACUGAGAUCCCCACAAAUCUGCCAGAGACUAUCACAGAAAUACGUUUGGAACAGAACUCAAUCAAGGUCAUCCCUCCUGGAGCAUUCUCACCAUAUAAAAAGCUUAGAAGAAUUGACCUGAGCAAUAAUCAGAUCUCUGAACUUGCACCUGAUUCUUUCCAAGGACUGCGUUCUCUGAAUUCACUUGUUCUCUAUGGAAAUAAAAUCACAGAACUCCCAAAAAGUUUAUUUGAAGGACUCUUUUCCUUACAGCUACUAUUAUUGAAUGCCAACAAGAUAAACUGCCUUCGGGUAGAUGCUUUUCAGGAUCUCCACAACUUGAACCUUCUCUCCUUGUAUGACAACAAGCUUCAGACCAUUGCCAAGGGGACCUUCUCACCUCUCCGGGCCAUUCAAACUAUGCAUUUGGCCCAGAACCCCUUUAUUUGUGACUGCCAUCUCAAGUGGCUGGCGGAUUAUCUCCAUACCAACCCGAUUGAGACCAGUGGUGCCCGCUGUACCAGCCCCCGCCGCCUGGCAAACAAAAGGAUUGGACAGAUCAAAAGCAAGAAAUUCCGUUGUUCAGCUAAAGAACAGUAUUUCAUUCCAGGUACGGAAGAUUAUCGAUCAAAAUUAAGUGGCGACUGCUUUGCAGACUUGGCUUGCCCUGAAAAGUGUCGCUGUGAAGGGACCACAGUAGAUUGCUCCAAUCAAAAACUCAACAAAAUCCCGGAUCAUAUUCCCCAGUACACUGCAGAGCUACGUCUCAAUAAUAAUGAAUUCACAGUAUUGGAAGCCACAGGAAUCUUUAAGAAACUUCCUCAGUUACGUAAAAUCAACUUUAGCAACAAUAAGAUCACAGAUAUCGAGGAGGGAGCAUUUGAAGGAGCGUCUGGGGUAAAUGAAAUACUUCUCACAAGUAACCGUUUGGAAAGUGUUCGGCAUAAGAUGUUCAAGGGAUUGGAAAGUCUCAAAACUCUGAUGUUGAGAAGUAAUCGAAUAAGCUGUGUGGGGAACGACAGUUUCAUUGGACUCAGUUCCGUGCGUUUGCUUUCUUUAUAUGACAAUCAAAUCACCACGAUUGCACCAGGGGCAUUCGAUACUCUCCAUUCUUUAUCUACUCUAAAUCUCUUGGCCAAUCCUUUUAACUGUAACUGCUACCUGGCUUGGUUGGGAGAGUGGCUCAGGAAGAAAAGAAUUGUAACUGGAAAUCCUCGGUGUCAGAAACCAUACUUCCUCAAAGAAAUCCCCAUCCAGGACGUGGCCAUUCAGGACUUCACCUGUGAUGACGGAAAUGAUGACAGCAGUUGCUCCCCGCUCUCUCGCUGUCCCACGGAAUGUACUUGCUUGGAUACAGUGGUCCGAUGUAGCAACAAGGGCUUGAAGGUCUUGCCCAAAGGUAUUCCAAGAGAUGUCACAGAGCUAUAUCUGGAUGGGAACCAGUUUACACUGGUUCCCAAAGAACUCUCUAACUACAAACAUUUAACACUUAUAGACUUAAGUAACAACAGAAUAAGCACCCUUUCCAAUCAGAGCUUCAGCAACAUGACUCAGCUCCUCACCUUAAUUCUCAGUUACAAUCGUCUGAGAUGUAUUCCUCCGAGAACCUUCGAUGGAUUGAAGUCUCUUCGAUUACUUUCUCUACAUGGAAAUGACAUUUCUGUUGUGCCUGAAGGUGCUUUCAAUGAUCUUUCAGCUUUAUCACACUUAGCGAUUGGAGCCAACCCUCUUUACUGUGAUUGUAACAUGCAGUGGCUCUCCGACUGGGUGAAGUCGGAGUAUAAGGAACCUGGAAUUGCUCGCUGUGCUGGUCCUGGAGAAAUGGCAGAUAAACUGUUACUCACAACUCCCUCCAAAAAAUUCACGUGUCAAGGUCCUGUGGAUGUCAACAUUCUAGCUAAAUGUAAUCCCUGCUUAUCAAAUCCAUGUAAAAAUGAUGGCACCUGUAACAAUGAUCCAGUUGACUUUUAUCGAUGCACCUGCCCAUAUGGUUUCAAGGGGCAGGACUGUGAUGUCCCAAUUCACGCAUGCAUCAGUAACCCAUGUAAACAUGGAGGAACUUGCCACUUAAAAGAAGGAGAAAAAGAUGGAUUCUGGUGUAUCUGUGCUGAUGGUUUUGAAGGAGAAAAUUGUGAAGUCAAUGUUGAUGAUUGUGAAGACAAUGACUGUGAAAAUAAUUCUACGUGUGUUGAUGGAAUCAAUAACUACACAUGCCUUUGCCCACCUGAGUACACAGGCGAGUUGUGUGAGGAGAAGCUGGACUUCUGUGCCCAGGACCUGAACCCGUGCCAGCAUGACUCCAAGUGCAUCCUGACGCCAAGGGGGUUCAAGUGUGAUUGCACACCAGGAUACAUUGGUGAACACUGUGACAUUGACUUUGAUGACUGCCAAGAUAACAAGUGUAAAAAUGGUGCCCACUGCACAGAUGCAGUGAAUGGCUAUACAUGCAUCUGCCCGGAAGGUUACAGUGGCUUGUUCUGUGAGUUUUCUCCCCCCAUGGUCCUCCCUCGUACCAGCCCCUGUGAUAAUUUUGAUUGUCAGAAUGGAGCCCAGUGCAUCAUCAGGAUAAAUGAGCCAAUAUGUCAGUGUUUGCCUGGAUACCAAGGAGAGAAGUGUGAAAAACUGGUCAGUGUGAAUUUUAUAAACAAAGAAUCCUAUCUUCAGAUUCCUUCAGCCAAGGUCCGACCUCAGACUAACAUCACACUUCAGAUCGCCACAGAUGAGGACAGCGGCAUCCUCCUGUACAAGGGCGACAGAGACCAUAUCGCAGUGGAGCUCUACCGUGGGCGAGUUCGCGCCAGCUACGACACGGGCUCUCACCCGGCUUCUGCCAUUUACAGUGUGGAGACUAUCAAUGAUGGAAACUUUCACAUUGUGGAGCUGCUUGCCCUGGAUCAGAGUCUUUCCCUCUCUGUGGAUGGAGGGAGUCCCAAAAUCAUCACCAACUUGUCAAAACAGUCCACUCUGAAUUUUGACUCCCCACUCUACGUAGGAGGCAUGCCAGGGAAGAACAACGUGGCAUCUCUGCGCCAAGCCCCUGGGCAGAACGGCACCAGUUUCCAUGGCUGCAUCCGGAACCUGUACAUCAACAGUGAGCUGCAGGACUUCCGGAAGGUGCCCAUGCAGACAGGCAUUCUGCCCGGCUGUGAGCCAUGCCACAAGAAGGUGUGUGCCCAUGGCAGGUGCCAGCCCAGCGGCCCAUCAGGCUUCACCUGCGAGUGUGAGGAAGGAUGGAUGGGCCCCCUCUGUGACCAGCGGACCAAUGACCCUUGUCUUGGAAAUAAAUGCGUCCAUGGCACCUGCUUGCCCAUCAAUGCCUUCUCCUACAGCUGUAAGUGCCUGGAGGGCCACGGAGGUGUCCUCUGCGAUGAGGAAGAGGAUCUCUUCAACCCCUGCCAGACGAUCAAGUGCAAGCACGGCAAGUGCAGACUCUCGGGGCUCGGGCAGCCCUACUGUGAGUGCAGCAGUGGAUACACGGGGGACAGCUGCGAUCGAGAAAUCUCUUGUCGAGGGGAACGAAUAAGAGAUUAUUACCAAAAGCAGCAGGGCUACGCAGCCUGCCAAACCACCAAGAAGGUCUCACGCCUGGAGUGUAAAGGCGGGUGUGCGGGGGCACAGUGCUGCGGGCCUCUGAGGAGCAAGCGGCGGAAAUACUCUUUCGAAUGCACUGACGGGUCCUCCUUUGUGGACGAGGUUGAGAAGGUGGUGAAGUGCGGUUGCACGAGGUGCGCGUCCUAAGCAGGGUCCCGGCACCUCCCACCUUUGACACAGGUUGUCUACUUCUUGACCGUGCUGGACUAAUUUAUGCUUCAUAGUGGAAAUAUUUGAAAUAUAUUGUAAAAUACAGAACGGACUUAUUUUUAUUAUGAGAAUAAAGACUUUUUUUUUCUGCAUUUGAAAAAAUAAUAAUAAAAGACUUGCUUGAACUAAAGCUUCCCCCUAGGCUGGAGGAGUGUAAAGAAAGCUGUAUGUGGCGGCAUUAGAGCAACCAUGGGAACGGUUGCCACACAGAUCUGUCUUUGAAACAUGCUGAGGACUGCAGAAGCACAGAGAGACUGAGGAGCCACUGUGCCCAACCUGGAAUUGCCCAGAGCAUCAAGCACAAGUGUGUGAGUGAGACUGCCAGGCAGGGGUUGGAAUUUCAGAAUUUACAGAGAGACCAAGCUGAUGAGAAAUAUUUUGUGCAAAAUAUAAAGUAUCCUGAAGAUCUGGGUUCCAUUCACAAGAGGACCUGGGAGCCGAGUGCUGUGACUCACAGUACCUUCUUUCUCAAUGUCAGCAGAAGCAGCAUCCAGAAGUGUUCAUCUACCAUUUUCCAGUAUUAAUUUUUUGUAAUAUAAAUGAUAAAGGAGAUGAUAAAGAACCAAUAGAUUAUUGAUAAAUAAAUUAGUAAUAAUAUGAAUUUUUGUUUCUAUGACCUCUAAACAGCCCUAUACAGUAUUCAAUGAGGAAUAUUUAUUGUAUCAAAGUACAUUGUACUUAACGUGCUAGGCCAUCCUUUUGCUGUUUCUUGAUGCUUUAAUAUAUAUUAAUUUAUAAUUAUCCUGAUUUUUUUGUACAUUUUCAAACUUA